ACAAGAUGGCGUUGAAGGGGAUGUUGAACGGGUCCGCAAGCAAGAAGUCCACGGCCAGCAUGAUGCCCUUGGCAGGGUCCCGAGAACAGUCACUGGCCGUCAGCCGUAACUUCCUAUCUCAACCCCGCCUCACAUACAAAACAGUAUCAGGAGUCAAUGGUCCUUUGGUCAUCUUAGAUCAAGUAAAGUUUCCCAAAUAUGCUGAGAUUGUCCACUUGACAUUACCUGAUGGUACAAAUAGAAGUGGCCAGGUUUUAGAAGUUAGUGGUAACAAAGCAGUAGUUCAGGUUUUUGAAGGAACUUCAGGUAUAGAUGCCAAGAAGACAGCCUGUGAGUUUACAGGUGAUAUUCUUCGAACACCAGUGUCUGAGGAUAUGCUUGGUCGAGUUUUCAAUGGUUCUGGAAAACCUAUUGACAGAGGCCCACCUGUCCUAGCUGAAGACUUUCUUGAUAUUAUGGGACAGCCAAUCAACCCUGAGUGUCGAAUCUACCCUGAGGAAAUGAUUCAAACUGGCAUUUCAGCGAUAGAUGGCAUGAACAGUAUUGCUAGAGGCCAGAAAAUUCCGAUCUUCUCUGCUGCUGGCUUGCCCCAUAAUGAGAUUGCAGCUCAGAUCUGCCGUCAGGCUGGUUUGGUGAAGAAAUCCAAAGAUGUUCUCGACUACUCUGAGGAAAAUUUUGCGAUUGUAUUUGCUGCUAUGGGUGUAAACAUGGAAACUGCUCGAUUCUUCAAAUCAGACUUUGAAGAAAAUGGCUCAAUGGAUAACGUCUGUCUCUUUUUGAACUUGGCCAAUGACCCAACCAUUGAGCGAAUUAUCACUCCUCGUCUGGCUCUAACAACAGCAGAAUUCUUGGCCUAUCAGUGUGAAAAGCAUAUAUUGGUGAUUCUAACAGAUAUGAGUUCUUAUGCUGAAGCUCUUCGAGAGGUUUCAGCAGCCCGAGAAGAAGUCCCUGGUCGUCGUGGUUUCCCAGGCUACAUGUAUACAGAUUUAGCCACAAUAUAUGAGAGAGCUGGUCGUGUGGAGGGCAGGAAUGGCUCAAUUACUCAGAUCCCUAUCCUUACUAUGCCCAAUGAUGAUAUCACUCAUCCCAUCCCUGACUUGACUGGAUACAUUACUGAAGGACAAAUCUAUGUGGACAGGCAGCUGCAUAAUAGACAGAUUUACCCACCUAUUAAUGUAUUGCCCUCCUUGUCCCGGUUGAUGAAGUCUGCUAUUGGGGAAGGCAUGACUAGAAGAGAUCAUGGAGAUGUAUCUAACCAGCUGUAUGCAUGUUAUGCUAUUGGUAAGGAUGUACAAGCCAUGAAAGCAGUUGUUGGAGAAGAAGCCCUUACCUCAGAUGAUCUCCUUUAUUUGGAAUUUUUGCAGAAGUUUGAAAAGAACUUUAUUUCUCAGGGUCCUUAUGAAAACCGCACUAUCUUUGAAACUUUGGACAUUGGUUGGCAGCUCCUUCGAAUUUUCCCCAAAGAAAUGUUGAAGAGAAUUCCUCAAAACACCCUGAAAGAAUUUUACCCUCGAGAUCCAUUAAAGCACUAACUUCAUCUUCAUCUCUGUGAAAUACUGGUUUUAUUCUUCUCCUUCCCCUCUCCCUCCUUUGUGUUGGAGUUUAUGUGUUACCCUGUAAUUAAAAUAAAGAAUAGGUGAUAUAUUG